AUGGCAUUCAGCGGCAGCCGCGGCAUUGAAGCCAACGACAAGGACGACCAGGAGAGAUUCGACAUUGUCCUUUCUCCUUACCGCAAGAACAGAAGACUUCUCAGAGUCAAGAGCCUCCCGUUUGCGGAGACCAGGGCCCGCGUCGAGGCUUUCCUCAAUUCGAAGCUCGCCAAGCCGGACUCUGCCAGCUUCAACUGGCCUCCCUCGCGAUGGAGUCGUGUUUCUCUCGUUCAGAGAGCGCAACGACUGUACAGAGGCAGAAACCUCGCUAUUCCAGCCGCUGCUAGGCACAGGCUUCGUAAUACCAAUGCAGCCAACAGCGCUGCGGAAACGCCUGAGCAACAGAUGCCCCAUCCUGUCUCAUCCACGGGUCCCACCGUCGAAAUUCCAUCUCUUUCCCGAACAACUCAGCGAUAUGACUUCGACAUGGCUCGACGAGCCUUCGACUAUAUUGAAUCUGGACUCGCUGCUCCAACUGAAGCUGAACGCAUGCGGCCUAUACAAGAGUUCUUUACCAACGAGAUGAAGAUCAGAUCGGAGAGAUAUGGUAACGAUGGUGGUGUGGCCUCAGAGAUCUCCGGCGCUGUCGUUUCCCCCAUGCCCCUUCUUUCUUCUCCUGCUCCUGCUCGCAAAGCCGAUGAGAUUUCUUCCUCUGGUGCUCCGACGGUCCUGACGCUCAAUCCGCGCCCAGCAAAUUCUACUGGCACAUCCUCUCGGACAGAUUUCCAAACCUGGAAAGCCUUCGUCGGUGCCUUGAGUGAUUCAGACGAUGAUGAUGAGAACAAUGUUGGCGCCAGACUUGGUUACGACUAA